UUUAGCUUCAUUUCACCACGGAGAAGCCAGUGGAAGGUUUCGGUUACAGCUCGAGUGGAUACUUUUAUUUGCAACCACGUAAAAACUGACAGAAAGGAACAUUUAUUUACACAAUACAUUUGUUUUAUUGCCUGAAAGGACAUACAGUUAGCUACAUAUUACGGACUGGAAUCUAGGACUAAUUCUGUGAUCUACAAAGAAACUAGCUAGCGUGCUAACAAAGAAAAUCCUUUCUCUUGAUAUAUAAUCUCUAUAAUCUUUAGUUAUGAGUCAUGUGGUCGUCGAUCAUCCACAUGGUCUAGAUCAGCAGCUUGCUGGUCUAGACUUGAACUCUGACGGACAGAGAGGAGGCACCGGCAGGCGUUACAUUCCACCUCACUUGAGGAACAAAGAGGUUUCCAAAAACGAAAAUGCUUAUUCCUCUGGUAGACAGUACGGUUAUUCAGUGCCACCUCCAGUGAACUUCUACUCUCCAGGAGGAUGGGACGGCGGACGCAGCAAUGGCUUUGCCAAUGGUUACCAUGACAACAGCAAUGCGGGCUUCGGGGGACGCGGCGGGCCUCCCCGAAAUGACAGAGGUGGGCGUGGCAGCUUCCGCGGUAACAGCAUGGGUGGCGCCUCGUUUAAUCAGCCAAUGCACAUCGCAGGGUUUGGUGGUGGACAAGAUGGUGUAGGCUGGGGAGGUACUCCCAGACAAGACGCGGCCUAUAACAGCUUUGGAGGGAGGGGCAAGUCUUCCUUCUACAGCGACCGUGGAUCAUCAGGGGGCAGAGGAGGUUAUCAGCGUGGAGGUUAUGGCGGUGGAGGCAACAACCGCUGGCAGGAAGACUCCAGGGACGAUGAGGACUGGUCCAAACCCAGCCCCGCCAACGAACGACUGGAAGCAGAGCUGUUCUCAAGCGGGAACACGGGUAUUAACUUUGAGAAAUACGACGACAUUCCUGUGGAGGCCACUGGAUCCAACUGCCCGCCACACAUCGAUAGUUUUCAUGAUGUGGACAUGGGUGAGAUCAUCAUGAGCAACAUUGCCCUAACCCACUACACGCGGCCCACCCCCGUCCAGAAAUACGCUAUCCCGGUCAUCAAGUCCAAGAGGGACCUCAUGGCCUGUGCUCAGACUGGCUCUGGUAAGACUGCAGCCUUCCUGGUGCCAGUGCUGAGCCAGAUCUACACACAGGGGCCUGGAGACGCUGCGGCGGCUGGCAAGAACGGACAGGACAGCGGUAAAUAUGGGCGCCGUAAGCAGUAUCCUCUCUCUCUGGUCCUGGCUCCCACCAGAGAACUGGCCCUGCAGAUCUACGAAGAGUCCAGAAAGUUUGCGUACCGCUCCCGCGUGCGUCCCUGUGUGGUGUACGGAGGAGCUGACAUCGGCCAGCAGAUCAGAGACCUGGAGCGAGGCUGCCACCUUCUGGUGGCCACACCCGGUCGCCUGGUGGACAUGAUGGAGAGGGGCAAGAUCGGCCUCGACUACUGCAACUACCUGGUGUUGGAUGAGGCUGACAGGAUGUUGGACAUGGGUUUUGAGCCCCAGAUCAGACGCAUCGUGGAGCAGGACACCAUGCCCCCUAAAGGCAUCCGUCAGACCAUGAUGUUCAGCGCUACCUUCCCCAAGGAGAUCCAGAUGCUGGCGCGUGAUUUCCUGGAGGACUAUAUCUUCCUGGCCGUGGGCCGCGUGGGCUCCACCUCAGAGAACAUCACCCAGAAGGUGGUGUGGGUGGAGGACGGCGACAAGAGGUCCUUCCUCCUGGACCUGCUCAACGCUACAGUCAUCCCCAGUGAUGCUCCUGAUGUUCAGGAGGCUGCAGUGACACCCGGUAAGGAGUCUCUGACGUUGGUGUUUGUGGAGACCAAGAAGGGAGCGGACGCCCUGGAGGACUUUCUGUAUCGCGAGGGCUACGCCUGCACCAGUAUCCACGGUGAUCGCUCCCAGAGAGACCGAGAGGAGGCGCUGAACCAGUUCCGCUCUGGUCGCUGCCCCAUUCUGGUGGCCACCGCAGUGGCUGCGCGGGGUUUGGACAUCUCUAACGUCAAGCACGUCAUCAACUUUGACCUGCCCAGCGACAUAGAGGAGUAUGUCCACCGUAUCGGUCGUACAGGCCGCGUGGGGAACCUGGGUCUGGCCACAUCGUUCUUCAACGACAAGAACAGCAACAUCACCAAAGACCUGCUGGACAUCCUGGUGGAGGCCAAGCAGGAGGUACCGUCCUGGCUGGAGAGCCUGGGUUAUGAGAACCAGCACAAGGGCAACACGGGACGCGGACGCUCCAAGAGAUUCUCCUCUGGUGGAUUCGGUGCCAGGGACUACCGUCAGACACCCGGCGGCGGCGGCGGCUUCGGCGGUGGUGGUGGGCGCGGUGGCCCACGCACUGGGGGUUACGGAGGAGGAAGCCGUGGCGGAUUUGGUGGAGGUGGCUUUGGAGGCGGGAACUCCUAUGGCGGCAACGACGCCGGCUAUGGUGGCAACUACAGUCACUCCGGUAGUGGAACCGACUGGUGGGGCAACUAGUCAUAGAAACCCGGUUGCCACGCCAACCAAACCGAUCCCUUCACAGAAACCACAUGUUGACUACGCCAGACUAAAAUACCCCCGCUCACUCAACCCUGUGUAGUUUCACUGACACACAGUACAUUACACACAUCAAGAUUCUCUGCCCCUUCGCUUCUCUCACAUGGAGAACGACGCAACGCGAAGAUAUAACCAGCGUGGUGCCAAUCCACUGGAGAAGAGCAGAGAUUUGCACACUUUUAAGAUAAAAAGAACAGUGCGCAUGUAAGGAUGCUGACAUGUAUGGUCUGAUAUAGCAACUCAGACUUUUGUUGUUCAAAACAGCAACUCCUUUUUUCUUUGUAUAAACAAAAAUAAGAAACUAAAAGAAUAACCUGAGGAUCAUUUGUAUGUUAAUGUACUGUGCCUUUUGAAUUUAGACAGGACUAAUUCUGUUGUCAUUUCACCAAAUGAAUGUGGCCAAGAGCUCUAAAUUGUAUUUUAUUUUUUUGGUGAAAAAAGAAGCAUAGAAGGAAAAAAAACAAGCUUGUACUUAAUCAAACCUUGGCAAACACUGGGGGCAUUGUGGCUCGCUGGAGUCAUGAAUCCAUUUGAACCUUUCAAAAUUGUCGCAGGGUCAUCAUGUAGCCUUUUAUCGAGUUCAAACCCGAGUUCAAACAGCUAACAUCAUUGUAGCGUCCGACCUCACUGGGCCGUACUCAGUGUGGCUAAUAACUGUAUUCUAAUCUUAAAGGGACGAAGAGUUCGAUUACUUUUUAAUUUUUUCGCUCACUCUAUCCUGGAUAGGCUCCUCUAAGGAUACGGUAGUCUUUCCAAAAGCCAUUCCAGUUGUGAUCUCUUAAUACGGAAAGUCGUUAAAAUCAGUGCUAACAAACACACACUGGGGUUUAAUUCAAACAGAAACACUGAAUGAAUUGACUUGACAAUGUUAUGGCAGCUAGUAAGUUACUUCCCGCUAGCUACAUUAACUGGGCAGUGUUAUUUAGUUUGUUUACAUUUGAAGAGCGGGCACACGCGCGUGGUAUUGUAAAUCUGGCAGUGUUUUUUGAGUGAAAUGUUUCUUCUACAAACAUGUAUCAAAACAAAAAAUGUCCGCCAUCUUGGAAGUGAAGUUCGAAAUGGCUGCACAAGGACCGGGGGGGGGGGGUGAUGAUAGCGUCAGGGGGGGACAGUGUGGCGCGGCUAUAGCGUCAGGGGGGGACAGUGUGGCGCGGCGUUAACAUUAAACAGUCUUACCGUUGACCGCCGAGCCGGUAUUCUACGCAUGCUAGUGUUUUGUUUUUUGGUCAAGGAGAUAUAAGACAAAUAAACUGAGUCGCAGGCUUAACUUAAUUACAAACAUUUUCUCUUUUCAAGCUGUGUUGGAGGCGCAUGGUUCAUCUAUCAGAGACAGAAGCAGUAGGAGGUCCAUCACUAAGGGUUAACCAGUCAGAAAGCAAAGGCACUGGACAGCAGGACAGUUGCCGCCGGGGUUAUGGGGUGAAGGUCAAGGGUUAGGGCGCACGUUAUCAGUGCACCACCAUUGCUUUGGUUUCCAUUCCUCUUUACUGUAGCUGUGGAGGUGGCCAAAGACUGGGGACUGUUGUCCCCUUCCUUAUGGUACAUGCAUACUGUCAACUCUGGGAGGUAGUCUGCUUUAGAUGUGUAUAAAGCAAUGGUUCUGACCGACCAGACGAGGCUUUUCCUCUCAAAUAACGCGAGCCAACGAGAGGAGGAGAGAUGGGGACAUUUGAGAAUCUCUAAGUGCACUACGUUUCUUAAGUGUAUUGUGCCUUUUGAAAACUAAAAAAAUAAAUGUAUUCACUUUAAAAGCGGAUGCACUGACAGUGAGAACUUGGAUUGAAAGGUGCUACUUGAUUUUCGGUGUGUAGGCCCUUGUUUGUUGUUGUGCCCAUCAAGUUUUACAAAAGUUAUUUUAUUGCACAUCUAGAGUUUUAUAUAAAUGUCUUGAAUACGUGUCCUUAAGCUUCCAAAUAUUGUGUGUGAGGAGAUUGUGAAAAAACGCAGCUUGUUUACAAAGGGGAAGGGUUCUCAACAUUUAACCAGGAUUUAUUUGGGACCAGGGGAUUUAGCAGUUAGGGAAUUUAGCCAUUUGCACACAGAUUUCUAGAUUCUACUUUUGCUGCUAGUUUUGUGUAAUUUAUUAAGCAUUUUUGAGAAAUAUUUAUUUUUGUAAGCCUCAAAGUGAUUCUUUGAAAGUUACAAGAAACUUGACCAAAAGACGGUAACAAAAACACUGGCACUUGAAUGUUGAAUGUCACCUGUAUGCGUGAAAAAAAUUAUAUAUUUCGGGGUAGUGUGAGCUUUUUAAUGUUUAAGACAUAUUGGACUCGGUCAAUAAUGAUAAUAUCCACAGCCGUUUCAAGGCCUCGGGCCCUGACAUCUCUAAAUAUUAGAUGGUGAAAUUGGCCUGCAAAAAGAAAAAUGGAAUUAAUCAAACAUGCCAAGGUUUGGAAUUAAAGUUGUCAAAAGAGCAAAAUCAAAUUUUCCUAAAUCUAUCGGUGCAGAACUGUUCAGGAUUCUCUAAUUGUGUGCAUUGUUUAUAAGAACUCUUUAUUCUAAUUUGACCUGAUUUAUAUAUUUUUUUAAAUCCAGUGAAUGUCUGGCAUAUGACAAUCUUUAAAAAACAAAAACGUGGUUUAUUCUCUAUUGUUGCAUUUGCAUAUGGCACCUCUGGUGAUUGUGUUCCCUCAGAGUAUUGAGCAGGUCUCAGCUGCAGUAGUGUUUCCCACAGUAGCAGCACAUUAACUACUAGCCUGACCACAGGAAGACUAGGCGACAACCACCACUUGCUCAGUACCCUGAGGAGGAAAAACCCAGAGCUCUUUAAACUUAGACUUUGCUUUCUGUACUAGCUUAGAGGCUAAUGCACAGCAUGGGAAAAGACUCAGCUGUGCAAUUAUUGUAUGAUUUUACCAAAAUAAAGUUUGAAUGCAAAAGUA